GGCUGCGCGAAGGAGAAAGAAGCAGCGUGCGUGCUUGUCAAACGCACAGCAAUAACGCAGACGAAACUAGUCCAAUCAAGGAGUACACUUUCCGAGUUCUGCGACAAGUUUCUCACCUAUUCUUGCCGUUCUUAUCAGCACGCCUAUCGCCAACUAUUGCGUACCCCAGGCCGGCCAGUGCGCGUGUUUUGGUGUUCACGCGAGUUCGUACCGCAACACAAUCGAGCAGCACAGCAAGCAGCCGAGGUUGUUGCCUGGAAGGUAGAUGAACGCAACAGAGAUGGAGGAGGAAUCUGUCCCGGAGCAGCAGCUUCCAGCGGAGGUGAAAGAUGAAUUUGGGCGGAAGCGAAUUUUCGGCCAGCAAGGCACGCUGCGUCUCAUCGAAUGUGUUCACCAACGGCCGAAACUGUGGCAUCGCCAGUAUCUGCGCAGUCGAGCGUCGGGCAUCGAAGAUUGGGACGAAAUACAGCGGACGGAAUUCAGCACGAUCAGUGUGAAUCAGUUGCGCGUGCGCUGGAAAACACUGCGCGAUUGCUUCCGCCGGGAGGCUAAACGUAUGGAGGAUGGAAGGAUCCCAGCAAUCCGCUGGCCACUGUACGACCACAUGCAGUUCCUGCACGGUCACUUUCGGCUGAAGAAGAGUAAAGCACGCAAAAACGGGUUAAAAACAGUAUGCCGACCCGAACGAGUGUCUUCUCCGCUGCAAAACGAUCCCGAUGAGACUGAAAUCAAACAGUCGAUCAAGUUCGUACCGAUCGAGGAGAACAUCAAACACGACACAGGUCCCUCUGAACGUUCGAGCGAUGAGCAGGACGUCAAGGAGGAGGAUGAUGCAUCAAUUGAUGACAGUGAGGUUACUUACAAGAAUAAGUUCCGGCCGCGUUCCAGCAAAUCCGCUUCGAGCACUUCGACCGGUGGCGGCUGGAUGAAGCCUGAUGCCGAAAAUCCGGACUGUCGCUUUCUGAUGAGCCUGACGCCAUUUUUGAACGAUCUGCCAGCAAAGGAAAAUUUAAAAAUUCGCAUCAAAAUGCUGCAACUGGUAGCGGCUGCGAACAGAAGCUCGGGCUCAGGGUCGUUUGUUAGGAAAGAACGUUCCUAAGAUAUUGGAGCAAAGGUCAAGGGUAUUAUUGGGAGGAGUGCAAUUCGAAACGUGGUAUGUGAUUUUGCUCAUACACUAACAGAAAAUGUUUAGUAUUACUGCCGUUCAUGCAAGAUAGGUACAAUUUUCAGGUUAAAUAUUCAUCAUAUUAAAUAGUUGUACGAAAUUGGAUUACAAAUCUGGUAACAGGGGACAAGUAGGACGGGAUGAUUGAAUUGAGUACAACAUCCAGCAAUAGAAAUAGAUGUAAUGGUAUAUCAGAACGGUGCAAUUUAACAUAACAUCUCACAUCGCAGAUUAAUUCAGACAUCUAAUUGCAGAUCUGUAGCAAAAUAGACCAUUUGGGUGGUGACUGAACGUUCUCUUCUUAGUAUAAUUAUUUGUUUUGCCACGGUAGCAAUAUUAAUAUUUAAAUUAUUAUAUACGCAAGAAGGGAUCACCAUCCAACAUGUUGGAAAUUCGUUCGUUGUUUUGUAAAUGUACUACCCCAAAAUAUAAAUUUUGGUGGCUUUAACCAUUUUAGCUUUAAAAACUAACGAUAGUUGAGACAAUUUGUGCAUGUAAGGUAAGCCAUGUAGCUUAUUUUGAAAGUUUUCGCGACAGAAUGCUUUUAAAAAUUUACUUCAAAAAGUAAAAACCAAAAGAGUUUAGUUCGAAAAGGUGCGUACAACAUUUCAUACCGGAUAUUAUGCUGGAGGAGGUGAUUAAACCAUUACCUGAGCCUAUCGAGAUG